GAGUUUGCCAACAUGUCGCGGAAGAAAUUACCAUUCUGAGAAGCAUUUUUCUCGUCUGAAAAAACAUUAUACAACAUUGUCAGUCUCAACAUGGACAUUAUUAAACCUAAUGGAAAUGCAGAUUUUGAAUGGGCAACUCGCUUAAAUCGCUUUGUACUGAACAUUGUUGGAAUUUGGCCGAGUGCUCAUAAAAAUGCCUACGAUAAAUUCUUGUCAAACUUACACGUGACAUUCGUCAUUGCCAUCAUCCUUUUUGUUGGUGAAAUUCCUGCAAUACAUUCACUAGUGAGAACUUGGGGUGAUCUGUUAUCAAUGAUAGACAAUCUACAGUUUUCUCUACCGUUCACAAUAGCCAUAAUAAAACUCAUCGAUAUAUGGUGGAAGAAAACAGAUCUUCUAAUGGCCAUAAAUAUGAUUGCUGAAGACUGGAUAAAGGAGAAAACCAAUAAAGAACGGUGCAUUAUGAUAAAGCAAGCACAAAACGCCAGAAUUAUCACAAUAGUCUGUUGUUUAUUCAUGUUUCUAGCCAGCUGUUUAGUCGUAAUUUUACCUUGUUUUGGAACGACUGUAAGAUAUAUUACAAAUGUCACGGAUCCAGUUAAAAUCUUGCCUUUACAAACUCAAUAUAUAUAUGACAAAAAUCGAAGUCCAUAUUACGAACUCACGUACGCCGCGCAAGUCGUGCUACUCAUAGUGACUGCUGCAUCUUACAGCGGCAUAGAUAAUUUACUUGGAUUAUUGAUAUUUCAUUUGUGUGGUCAAAUGGAGAAUCUCAAAGAACGAAUAACCAAUAUGAAACAAUUUAAGAAUUUUAAUAGUGGUCUUGCUGUCAUCGUCAAGGAUCAUAUACGAUUAAUCAAAUUUUUUGAUAUUGUUGAAAGUACAUUUACUAUAUUAUUACUUGGUUUAUUACUAUAUUUUGGUACAUUAUUUUGUCUAUAUGGAUUUUUAAUUGUCGCAGUACUAACAGAAGGAAAAAAAAUGUCAUUGUUCCGUUUGAUAUAUCUUAUAUCUGUAGUGUUAAACGUUUGUGGUCACAUGUGUCUAUAUUGCGUAGUAGGAGAAAUUUUAGUAGCCCAAUGUGAAGGAAUAUAUCGUGCAGCAUAUAAUUACGAAUGGUAUAAGCUGAAUCCAGAAGAAGCGAGAUCUUUAAUUAUAAUAAUGAUUCGAGCCAACAAAACCCUCCAUAUUACUGCUGGAAAAAUGUUUCCUAUGACACUAUCGAUGUUUUGCAAUGUAAUAAAAACAUCGGCCGGAUAUGUAUCUGUUCUACUUGCGAGACAAGGUUAAUAAAAUUUAUUUCUAAAUCUUG